ACAAAACAAGGGUUGAAUUAUAAUGCGAAACUAAUAAUUUAACGGUAGAUAGGGCAAUCCGCUGAAAUGGAGCCAGGCGGAUUUUGUUUACAAAGUGUCAGAGAUUUCAUGCUCCAGAAAAAUGGGAAAGUCAAAAACCACCAACUCGUAGCUCAGUUUAAGCAUUAUCUGAACGAUCCUGUCGAGAAAGGGGUGAACAGAGAUAAGUUCAAGGACUAUGUUAACACAUUGGCAACAAUUAAACUUGAUGAUAAUGGAGAGAAAGUUCUGGUCUUAAAGAAGAAAUACAGGGAAGGAGGGUCAGCUGCCGGUCAGUUGUCCACUCCUACACACACAGGGUCAACACCAUCAUCAUCAACAUACCCCUAUGGAGGGUCUGCCUCACCCACCACCCCUACCACCCCUGGGGCCCCAGGGACACCAUACUCCCCCUUGAUUCCUCCAGCUUAUGAUUCCUAUAUGUCACCCGGUGUAGACCCUACUAGAGGGAUGUAUGCUGAGUCCUCGGUGGCCUACCCCCAUACACAGAGUCCAGAUCUCCCUGUCAGCAGUGGAGGGGGGUACAGGAACCAGUACCAAGAGCCUCUCAGUAAUGUGUACCCCACCUCCUACAACCAGAGACCCAUGGAUAGAGGGUAUCAGGACGACUACCGAGAUGUUCCAGGAAGUGGGUAUCAGGAUCCGUACAGGAGGGGGAGCAGUGGGGGUGGUUACCAGGAACCCUACCGUCACAGUCCCAGAGAUGAUUUCAAGGAACCUGGGACUCGUGGGUACCAGGACCAGUACAAAGAAAGUCCCAGGAGUGCAGCCUACCAAGAUGACUACCGACAGAGUCCAGGAAAUGGGUUCCAGGAUCCCUACAGGAGGGGCAGCAACAGCAGUGGGGGAUUCCAGGAAUCCUACGGACAGAUGCCAAGGAAUGACUUCCAGGAGGUGUACAGACACAGUCCAGCUGAACUGCCGCUCCCUGAUCAGACCAGGAGAGGCAGUUACCAAGACAACCAGUAUCAACAAAGUCCUCAGAGGCGAGGGUUUGAAGAGCAGGAUGGGGGCGGACAAGUGCCGAAAAGACUCUACAAUGAUCCAUAUCGUCGGAGCCCUGAUAGAGGGAUGGAAGCUCCAAGGAGAGGCUCGGAGGAUGUUUAUCGCCAAAGCCCAGAUGUGCCUGUAGAGGGCAGGCGUGCAGGUUUCCAGGAGGGAUAUCGUAACAGUCCUGAGAGGUCAGUGGAGGUGGUGGAGAAAGCUCAGGAGGGACCAAAGAAAGAGACAACAGAAGAAGCACAAGGCCCUAACAAGGCAGGAGAGGUCACAGAGGAAAAAGAAGUGAUGAGCGUAAAGGAGAGAGCCAAACAUCUUAACAAGAUUCAGUCUGAGACAGAACUGCAAAGAGUACAACUUAGGAAAAGAGAUCCUAAACCUAAGGCUGCGCAUGAUGAUGAUGAUUCCUCCACGGCGUCUGUCACUCUGACAGAUGUGGAGAGAGAGUGGAUGAUGCUGUCCUCUAAGUGUGACUAUCAUCCCAUGGCCAAGAUACUGUUGACCAACCCUCAGCUGGCCAAGAAACCAGAUUUCACAAACGUAAGUACUUUGAUUUGGAACACUUAUUGA